GCUCCUCAUUCCUCCUGUGCCCCAGCAGGAAGUACUGGGCCGGCCACUGUGUGCCAGGAGGAAGUGACAGCAGGCCCCGCUGCCUGGUCCCUGCCGACCAUGAACAAGAUGAAGAACUUUAAGCGCCGUCUCUCCCUAUCCGUGCCCCGCACAGAGACCAUCGAGGAGUCCUUGACGGAGUUCACAGAGCAGUUCAACCAGCUCCACAACCGGCACAAUGAAGACCUGCAGCUCAGUCCUCUUGGCAGAGACCCCCAGCCGGAGUCCAGCACCUUCUCUCCAACAGACAGUGGAGAAUACCCUGCGCAGUCAUCCCCCGGCAUGCAGUACCGGCGGCAGACGCAGCGCCGCUUCUCCAUGGAGGACAUCAGUAAGAGGCUCUCUCUGCCCAUGGACAUUCGUCUACCCCAGGAACUCCUGCAGAAGCUACAGCUGGAGAGUCCAGACCUGCCCAAACCGCUCAGCCGCAUGUCCCGCCGAGCAUCCCUGUCAGACAUCGGCUUCGGGAAACUGGAAACAUACGUGAAACUGGACAAACUGGGAGAGGGUACCUAUGCCACCGUCUUCAAGGGGCGCAGCAAGCUGACAGAGAACCUCGUGGCCCUGAAGGAGAUCCGGCUGGAGCAUGAGGAGGGCGCACCUUGCACGGCCAUCCGAGAGGUGUCUCUUUUGAAGAACCUCAAACACGCCAAUAUUGUGACCCUGCAUGACCUCGUCCACACGGAGCGGUCUCUCACCCUGGUGUUCGAGUACCUGGACAGUGACCUGAAGCAGUAUCUGGACCACUGUGGAAACCUCAUGAGCAUGCAUAACGUCAAGAUUUUCAUGUUCCAGCUGCUCCGGGGCCUUGCCUACUGUCACCGCCGCAAGAUCCUGCACCGGGACCUGAAACCGCAGAACCUGCUCAUCAGUGAGCGGGGCGAGCUGAAGCUGGCUGACUUUGGACUGGCCCGGGCCAAGUCAGUGCCCACAAAGACCUACUCCAAUGAGGUGGUGACCCUGUGGUACCGGCCCCCUGAUGUGCUGUUGGGGUCCACAGAGUACUCCACCCCCAUCGACAUGUGGGGCGUGGGCUGCAUCCACUACGAGAUGGCCACGGGGAGGCCCCUCUUCCCCGGCUCCACGGUCAAGGAGGAACUGCACCUCAUCUUCCGACUCCUCGGGACCCCUACGGAAGAGACGUGGCCUGGCGUGCUGGCCCUGUCGGAGUUCAGAGCCUACAACUUCCCGCGGUACCUCCCCCAGCCGCUCAUCAGCCACGCUCCCAGGUUGGACACUGAAGGCAUCCACCUCCUGACCGGCCUCCUCCUGUAUGAAUCCAAGAGCCGCAUGUCAGCAGAGGCUGCCCUGAGCCACCCCUACUUCCGGUCUCUGGGGGAGCGUGUGCACCAGCUUGAAGAUACUGCCUCCAUCUUCUCCCUGAAGGAGAUCCAGCUCCAGAAGGACCCGGGCUACCGGGGCCUGGCCUUUCAGCAGCCAGGACGAGGGAAGAACCGGCGACAGAGCAUCUUCUGAGCCGUAUCCACCUGCUGCUGCCCGGAGAGACGAGAGGUCACAGUGAGCACAACCACGAGCAGGAUGGGGCCUGUGUGGCCCCAGCAGGACUGAGGAGCAAGGCUAAUGGCUGGCCCAGAACACCUCUUGGCAGCCCUGCUGGCCACGGCUGUUUCCUCUUCCUGCUUCCCACAUGCCUCCCCUGUAGCCUUCACCUGCACACCAAGCCCUCUGUCACCGGCCCUGGAGCCGGGCCGGAGCUGCUUUCCCAGGAGGAGAUGAGGGGGCGGGGAGGGACUUCAGACCCUUUCUCACCCCAGAGUGCUCGGGCACCGGCGUGGGACCCACACGGACAGGAGAAUCCAGGUGCCAGGCUGAGCACUGUGCCCGGGACCCGGGCGCCCCCGUGCCUCCCCACCCACACGUCACUCACCUUCUUACUCUCGGAGAGCAGGAAUCGACAUGGCACCUUGUCUAGGACCCUGCAGUGCUGGGUGCCAGCGUGUGUGCCAAAGCCCCUCCCCCCACGUGAAGGGAGGGUGUCCCUGGGCCAUAAGAGAGAAUAGUCGCCCAGCCCUUUUCUGCACGCCCUCACCGAGUUCCUAUCCCCUCUCCUUGUCAGAGGCCCCAUAUGCUGCCGGGUCCCCAACUGAGUCCAGAGGUGGCCUGGUACCACCAGCUGCGCUCUGUCACCUCAGCUGGCUCCCACCCCUCUUCCUAGUCUGAAGGGAUUGCCUUAAAUCAGCAGGUGGUAGAGCACUCACUGCCCUUGGAACUCUGACCCAAGCUCCUGCCUGUCCUCCCUUUCCCGAGAGCGAUUCCUGCUCAUUGUGCCCGGGCGCUGAUAAGCUGGCCCUGGGCCACGGUCCUGGGGGCCACACGAAGAUAUGCAGGGUCACCCUGACACUGGUGCCAGGCGGGCCUCGGCUCCUUGGGGCUAGCACAACCUCCCCUCCUCGCCUCCCGUUCCCUCCUUCCCACCCCCGUGGCCCUGUCCAUGCUCCACCCAGUCCUUCCCCCACCUUCCCCCCCCCCAAGGGUAGGUCUGAGGUGGAGGAAGGUGGGAUAGGAUGCACAGGCUCUGAUCCUGAGAGCCCUGCCCUAGGGGGCUGGGAGUAUGAGGGGCCGCAGCCCCAAAGCAGGCACCGCUCACCACCCCUUCGGAGCACGCCUGCUGUAUCCCCAAGGUCACCUCGACGCUUGGCCGAAUCUUGAAUGGCAAGGCCAAGAGGAGGCCAGGCCCGGCCAUUCUACACGAGCCCCCUGCCCAGCUCGACCCCUCAGCCUGAGGGGCAGCCCUGGAGGGUCUUGGCCUCCCCACAGGUCCUUCCCUUCCCCCCCCACUGUACUGUGAAUGUCCUGUGACUCAGCACAAAGACAGAUAAUAUAUUUAAUUCAUGUUGUACAGAAAGGAGCGAGCGGUCUGUACAGAAAAGCUGAUUUUGACAGAUUGAUGCCAAAGAUGGAGGACUGGAGGCCUUUCCCCAGGCCUCGGGUGCGGCGGGGGGGUGCUUGUGCACGUGUAUGUAUAUAAAGCGGACAGAGAGUC